AGCGUGCUAGAAAAGCUAAACCCUCUGGCAAUGUUUCGCAUGUGAUGUAUAAUCUACCGCUGAUCUCCGCAGCAUUACGCUCUGGGAAACUUUUAUUAAGAUUAUAAAUGUUUGCAUAACACUUCAUAAGAGCCAGUCUGGCUGUUUCCCAAUUUCUUUUCUCAGGAACUGACGUUGUUGAGUAUUGUGUGUAAUAGUCAGUGAUGCGCUGCACGCGGCUCAUCCUGCAGCGUUCACGCGCGCUCUGCAGACGCGUCAAUACAUGGACUGCGGUUGGAGCUGCGUUUAAUGUCCAGCACCGACGAGCUGACUAUUUGCAGAAAAAUGUGGGUCUGUUUGGAGUACCAGAGCUCAGCAGUCCUGCUGGUUUCCAGGUGGCUCAGCGGAAGGCUCUCAGGGAAGCUGAGUUACUGGUCCAAAGGGCCUGCACACAUCCUCCUGGUGCCAUCACUGUGGAAACAUUUGACCAGCUAUCUGACAGUUUGUGCAAAGUGGCAGACCUGGCCGAUUUCAUCAAAGUAGCUCAUCCAGAUGCUGCAUUCCGUGCAGCCGCAGAAAGGACCUGCAUUGAUAUUGGAACUGUUGUAGAGAAGCUCAAUACAAAUGUUGAUUUAUGUCAGAGCUUGAAGAAUUUGCUGGAGAAUGAAGCUGUUUUAUCUGCACUGGACCCAGACACGAGGAGAGUCGCAGAGCUCUUCAUGUUUGAUUUUGAGAUCAGUGGGAUACAUCUGGAUGAAUCAAAGAGAAAAAAGGUUGUCGCUCUGAACGUGAAGCUCCUGGAUCUCUACCAUGAGUUUCUAAACGGUUCCCAGCUCCCAAAUACCAUAGAGAAGCAGGUUCUACCAGAACACAUCCGCCACUGUUUCUCCAUAGACGGGAACUGCGUUCAGAUCAGUGGGCUGCAUGCGGACUCUCCGAACGAGCUGGUACGAGAAGCUGCAUAUAAAAUCUUUCUGUAUCCCAGCAAUAGUCUUUUGCUUUGUCUGGAUGAGCUUUUGGCCUGUAGACAUGAGCUGGCAAUAUUAGUGGGCUAUGAGUCGUUUGCACACAGGGCUUUGAAAGGAACAAUGGCUAAAACUCCAGAAACUGUGAUGAAGUUUUUGAAGCUGCUUACAGAAAAACUUUCUGACAGAACGUCAAAGGAUUUCAAGAUGAUGAGAGAAAUGAAAAAGAAAACACACUCAACAAAUCACGAAGUAAUGCCGUGGGAUCAUGCAUACCUCAGUGGAGCCAUUCGAACAGAAAAGUUUAAUAUAGAUCCCAGUGUUUACAGUCCAUACUUCUCUCUUGGUGCUUGCAUGGAGGGACUCAACCGUCUCUUUACGCAGCUUCUUGGCGUCUCUUUCCAAGCGGAGGAGCCAAAGAUGGGUGAGGUGUGGAAUGAAGACGUUCGAAAACUGGCGGUGGUCCAUGAAACAGAGGGGCUGUUGGGAUACAUCUACUGUGAUUUCUUUCGUAGACCUGAUAAACCUCACCAGGACUGUCAUUUCACCAUUCGUGGUGGGCGGCUCAGGGAAGAUGGUGUCUACCAGCUGCCUGUUGUGGUGCUGAUGCUGAGUCUACCUCCACCCAACAGCAAAACCCCAUCUCUGCUCACACCCUCCUUGGUGGAGAACCUCUUCCACGAGAUGGGACAUGCCAUGCACUCUAUGUUAGGACGGACACGGUAUCAGCAUGUCACUGGAACCAGGUGCUCUACAGAUUUUGCGGAAGUCCCGUCUGUUCUGAUGGAGUAUUUUGCCUCAGAUUAUCGAGUUGUGAGCCAGUUUGCUCGACAUUAUCAGACUGGAGAGCCCCUCGCAGAGAGACUUGUGUCCCGUUUGUGUGAGUCUAAGAGGGUUUGUAGUGCUGCUGACACUCAAUUGCAGAUUUACUAUGCAGCUUUGGAUCAGGUUUAUCAUGGAAAACCACAAUACAGAACAACCACUGACAUCCUCCGAGAAAUGCAGGAGAAAUUUUACGGGUUACCAUAUGUUCCUGACACUGCUUGGCAGCUGAGAUUCAGUCACUUGGUUGGCUAUGGUGCUAAGUAUUAUUCCUACCUCAUGUCCAGGGCUGUGGCCUCCAUGGUGUGGAGGCAGUGCUUUCAGCAGGACCCCUUCAGCAGAGUGAUGGGAGAGCGUUACCGCAGAGAGAUGCUUGCUCAUGGAGGUGGUAAAGAGCCUAUGCUAAUGGUUCAAGGAAUGUUACAGAACACUCCUACCAUUGAAGACUUUGUUGAUGCACUAGUGUUGGACCUUGAUGCAGAUUUCAGAUCCUCCAUUUAGUGGACCAUUAAUAAUUUUAAUGUCUCCACGAUCCUCAUUUCUUCAAACACUGGGUGUUACCUCACUGUUUCCCCUUGUUCUGUUGCCUUUAAGCCUUAUUAAAAUGUGAAAUAACUUGCAAGA